AUGAAGGCCAACACCAUUGCCGCCAUCAUGGCCACUCUCGUUGCCAGCGUCGCCGCUGCCCCGACUGAGAAGCGCGACCUGCCUCUUCUCGGCGGCCACUCCGGCAUCAUCAAGGGCGUUGGUCCCCUUCUCGACAGCGUCGAGAGCCUCGUGCCUGGUCUUGGUGGCUCUGGUUCGGGACAGGGCGACGACACGGCCGGCUCCAUCAUCAGCGGCCUCGGCGCUGGUGGUGCUAAAUCGCCUCUCGUUUAA